AUGUUGGAGUGGUUUAAGACAGCCAGGUCACAGGGUAUUCCACUCUCCGGUCCCAUGCUUCAAGAAAAAGCCUUGUUCUAUGCGUCAGAACUGGGGGUAACAGACUUAAAGGCAUCCAAUGGGUGGCUUGGCCGUUUUCGCGAGAGACAUAACAUUAACUUCGCGGCAGUGUGUGGUGAAAGUAACAGUGUGAAUCAGGUGACUGUGGAUGACUGGGUGGAACGACUUCCAACCAUACUUGCUGGUUACGAUCUCUGUGAUGUGUUCAACAUGGACGAAACAGGGUUAUUCUUUAGAGCCCUCCCAGACAAAUCUCUCUCCAUCAAAGGUGAAGAUUGUAAAGGUGGAAAACGUUCCAAAGAGAGACUUACAGUGGCUCUAUGUUGUAACGCUGUUGGUGAUUUUGAAAAGCCGCUUAUGAUUGGUAAGGCGGCAACCCCUAGGUGUUUCAGAAACACCGACGUAUCACGACUUCCAGUGAUGUGGCGUCACAACAAGAAGGCGUGGAUGACAAGAGCCCUCUUUACAGAGUGGGUUCAGCUCUUCAACCAACGAAUGCGCCGGGCCAGGAGAAAUGUCCUUCUCCUCCUGGAUAACGCGCCGUCACAUCCUCCAGACCUACAACUUACCAACGUCAAAAUUGUGUUCCUUCCAGCGAACACAACAUCCAAGCUUCAACCUCUAGACCAGGGUAUCAUCCAAAACAUGAAGCAGUUGUACCGAAAAAGACUUCUCCGCUCAGUGCUAUCGAAGAUUAACAAAGAAAGCAUGAGUGCUGUGGAGUUGUCUAAGUGCGUGUCUGUGCUUGAUGCUGUGCAAUGGGUUCACUCAUCAGUCAAUGAAAUCAAAAGAGAAACCGUCUCCGGUUGUUUCAAGAAGUCUGGUGUUCACUUUGACGACAGUGACAACCUUCCCCUCUCUGAGCUAUCCGACAACAUGUCUCUCUCAGAAUUGAGGGACAUGCUACGAACAGCCCAGACAGAUUUGAAACUUGAAAACGCAAUGUCCGCAGAGGAGUUUGAGGCCAUUGACAGCAACAUCCCUGUUCAUUCAGACCUGAGUGAAAAUUGGGAGAAAGAACUUAUGGAAACUGUGUUGAAGCCUGUGAGUGUGACUGAUCCCCAGAUUGUUCAAGAAGAAAAAGAAGAACUACAACCCGAGCAAACUGAACUGAAAAUUAAUUCCUAUCAAGAUGCUCUGCAUUGGUUAGCACAAAUAAGACUUUUCUGUUACAGCAAAGAUAUGGCAACUGAAGCAUUUGAAUGUGGUAGACUGCAGGAAAGUCUAGACAAUCAGGCUGUGAAAGUAAAAAGCUCUGCUAAGCAGACGAGAAUCGACUCAUUCUUCAAGUAA